AUGCUUUAUAGCACAGCAUCCAUUUCUUGUGCUAUCAAAGGGACAACAUACGCAUCUUGUCACGCCAUAGCAACUAUUACCGUUCAGGGAACGCUUGAAUCACCAGACUUGAAUUGGAUGCGGAUCCCUCUCACUCAAACACUUCCUCUACCGACCGAGUCACCCGCAUCAGCCCCUGGGCAGAAUUAUCCGCAUCUCAAUCUGCAGCCUGCCAACGACAAUUAUCAAUUGAUCGUGUAA